AUGUUUAAUAAUUUAAAAAUAGAAAAUGAUAAAGAUAAAAAAAAAAUUAAAGAAUUACAAAAAACACUUGCAACAAAAGAAAUAGAAAUAGAAGGUUUAAAAAAAGAUAAAAAAAUAUAUAAACUAGAAGCAAAAACUUGGAAAGAUCUUUAUAAUAAAGCUACAGAUAAAAAAGAAAAGUAUAAAACCUUAUAUAAUGCAUGUAUUACUAAUCAUAGUGAUUAUAAUCAAAUUAAAAAAGAAUUAGAAAAAAUUACUAAAAAAC